ACGAGGGCGCGUGCGCGACCAUCUUUGUUGUGUUGUGGUUGUUUCGGCAAAGGUAGCGCGCGCUUCGGCCGCCGAUUCGGGCCGAAUUCGGCGCCUGGCUCUCUCAGAGCUCGGCACAAGUGUGCGCGAGCAUUCGCAGGGCACGAUUGCCGUGCCUGGAUUCGUCCCCGCGCCCGAAAUGCUCUAGUUCGUGCUGGGAGGGAUUCGACCAACGACUAGUCCGAAGAAGAUGAAGGAGAUGGUCGGCGGCUGCUGCGUAUGUUCCGACGAGCGCGGCUGGAGCGAGAAUCCGCUCGUUUACUGCGACGGUCAAGGGUGCACCGUCGCGGUCCAUCAGGCAUGCUACGGAAUAGUCACUGUGCCAAGUGGACCCUGGUUUUGCAGAAAAUGCGAGUCUCAAGAAAGAGCUGCCAGAGUGCGCUGUGAAUUGUGUCCAAGCAAGGAAGGCGCUCUCAAGAGAACAGAUAACAAUGGUUGGGCUCACGUGAUUUGCGCUCUUUACAUCCCCGAAGUGCGUUUCGGCAACGUGACCACCAUGGAGCCCAUCGUGCUCCACCACAUUCCCUCAGAACGUUAUAGUAAAACUUGUUACAUCUGUGAAGAGAUGGGCAAAGCUGGCAGAGCCUCCAUUGGUGCUUGCAUGCAAUGCAACAAGGCUGGUUGUAAGCAGCAGUUUCAUGUGACCUGUGCCCAGGCCAUGGGACUUUUGUGCGAAGAAGCUGGAAAUUAUCAGGACAAUGUCAAGUAUUGCGGCUAUUGUCAGCACCACUAUGCAAAACUGAAAAAAGGAGGAAAUGUGAAAACCAUUCCUGCCUACAAACCAGUGUCCUUCGAUGCGGGUAGUACGUCCUCGGACGCUGCCUCUGAAAAAGACACCCCUCCCAAGGGACAUCAGUCCAAGAGGAAGGGCGGCAGAGGAGGUGCAGUGACCCCGAAGGCAGCAUUGGAGCCUGAAAAGCCAGCCCCGGCAGACCCACCCCCUAGCACUCCGCCCACAACGUCGUCCAGCACGACUCCCACCCCCAAAUUCACUGCCUCGAACUUUGUGGAAGUGACCCCCGCCCCUGUUGCUGCCUCUGGAGGCAAGAAGCGAAAAAGCAACGCGAGAAACUCGCCGACCCCACCCAUCGUCCCGAAAGAGGAGGAAGUGGAGGUGGAGAAGAAGAUCAAACUGGAGGACCAGUCUCAGGAGGUGGCGCCGCCCCCGGCCAAAUCCCCCAAAGUGGUACCUGUGUUGAUCCAGAAUCCUUCGGUGGUCGUGGCGACGCCCCCGGCAGCCUCCUCGCUGCCUCCGCAGGCAUCUCCGCCUCCAUCUUCGGGCGGCGGACUCGUUUUUUCAACUACCUCUUCACACCCCCAGCUCAGUGUGUCUGUGGAUGGAGCUGCGAGGGAUUCGGCAUCCAUGAUGGACGCUGCCAAGAUGUUUGGACUGCCCUUGGAAACUCCACCUGCUAAGCCUAGAGGACGGUCUCAGUCUAUCGAAAAGGCGGAAAAGGUUGCCAGAAAGCAAAGGAAGAAGAGUCCCGUCGGCCGGAGGGGAAAAAUGUCAAAUUUGGCUUCACCGCCACUGGAACAACCGUCCACCUCCUCGGACACGUCGGCGAUGCCUCCCAUGAACAGUCUGCAGCAAUUCUCAAACAUUGCUGCGAGUGCAGCUCCGGUGGUUGUGCCAUCGCGGCCACACGAAGAAUCCUCAGUACCUGAUUCCAUGCGCAAAGGCAUGCAGCAUUCACCUAAAACAACGGCAGCUAAGGCCCCCAAGGAACCAAAGGAGUACAAAAUAUUUCGCUCCUUUUUUCACGACAGGUACCAAAAUGGUGUGGGCAGCGCGCCACACAUGUUGGGCAAUGUUUUGAAUCCGACUUCCUCGAUGGCCCAGAAAAUGACGGACACUCUGAAUGCCGAGCUUGAGGCCCACAGCGUCUUCACCCCGAGCAUGAGCAGCAGCGGCUUGGUUGGCCCUCCUCUGCCUUCCAAGGUCAUUGCGUCUACCCGCAACAACAUCAACAACAUGCUUGGCCUCGGCUCUCCGAACAGUUCUCAGAGCAGUGGAAACUCUUUCUCCUCUGCACUGGCUGGCGUCCCAGGGGCUGUCACGAACAUGCCACAAAGUUUGGACCAGCUGCUGGAAAGGCAGUGGGAACAGGGCAGCCAGUUCCUCAUGGAACAGGCCCAGCACUUUGACAUUGCUUCACUUUUGACAUGUCUGCACCAACUUCGAGCUGAAAACAUUCGAUUGGAGGAGCAUGUCCUGAAUCUGCAGCAAAGGAGGGACCACUUGCUGGCCGUGAACGCUCGACUCGCCAUUCCACUGCCACCAACUCAACCAGUUACAGCGGCAAUGCGCUCGACGCCUCCACAACAACGCAGCGCCAUCCCACCCCCUAUGAACAACUACCCCGUUGAAAAUGGAAUGGCAGCCGAAGCCAGCAUUUUGGCCUCCUUCACAAACCGCAGCCCCAUCGCCAGCUCCAGCGAGCGCAACUUUGGUGGCCAACCUGCCCCUCCCCCACCCCCACCGUCCCAAAUGUCCAGGAACAGCUAUUACGAAAGACAGAGUCCGGCAGGCAGUGGAUCGAAUCAGGCGCCCCCACCGCAACCUCAGCAACAACAGCAACAGACCUCGCCUCACUCAAACAACAUAGGUACCUUGAGAAUGAAUCCCCUCACCAUGGCAGAGCAAUUCCGAAGAGAAGAGUCUAGGAGCAGUCGUGGUGGGCCACCGAUGCCUCAAAUGCAAAUGUACCCGUCGUAUCAAGCCGUUUCACCUCCAGUUGCUCAGUCUUCAUCUCAUGUGCCCGUUGUCACAUCUCACCAGCCGAUGGUGAUUCGACGCGAAGGCAUGCCAAUGGAGCACUCGAAUCUGAUGUUGCACAUGCACCACCACCAGAAGCAGAGCUGAGGGCGGCCCCCCUUGCCGCUCCCAGUGCCGCCCCCAAGCCAAGUGCACCCCAAUCUCAGUCUCUGGCUGCGGCACACCUUCAACCUGUAGGAAUCAACAAAAUUAACUCGCUCGAUUUUUUUGUUCACUGCCAAGACCGCCUCUGCGAGUGAAUCGAAUGAAAAAAAAAUAUUGACUGUUUGCCUUGACGCCCAUCUAGCAAGUCUUGAAGGAAACCUUUGUGAUUCGUGGAAGAUUGAUUUUUUCAUCAUGUUGUUCUCUAGGUUUAGUCUGCGGAAUGUGUGCUAAAGGCCAAUUGGAUCUUGUUUGGAAAACUGUUUCUUUUUUGCCAAAUUAGAUGUUUCCAUCUGAUUUCCCCCUGUUCUACCUUUGCCGAGUGAUUGGCAGGGGCGGUCAUUAAUGAUAAUAAUUGUGUAGUUGGAUGAAUUCAUCCGCAGCAAAGACUUUGUGCAAUUCAGAGUGUUAGAACAUUUUCUAGGCGUUAAAGGUGUAAAAAAGUUAACAAGUGAAUGUGUGUCAUUUCUAUAGCGAAACACCAUGCGGACGUUUUUGAUAAUAUUACGAAACAUAAAUAGCAUUACUUUUUGUACAUUGUUAGCGACCUUGUUUCCUCUGGGAAGAAAUCUUGUUGUUUUUUUGGAUACUACAUUCUGCUACGGAGGCGCUCCUUUUUCUAUUAUUAUUUUUUGUACCAGUGUAAAUGGUUCAUUGGAUGUGAUCCAAUUAUUAAAUAUCCUCUACUUGCAAA